AGCCAGGCUCAGGCAAGGCCUUUUUUGGGCGGGGGUGUGGCGCGCUGCCCGCCCGGUUCGGCCGCCCGCGCUGCCAUGGCCGAGGACCCAACAGCCUGUCUGUUCUGGUACGGCGAUGGCUGCUCCGUCAUCACGGAUCCGGACCUCUGCCUCAGCUCCCGCGAUGGUCGCCCUUGGCGCGAGUGGAAAGGUAUGGCGAUCUACGGCCAGCCUUGUGUGUGGUGCGAUGGUGGCAUAUGCUCGAACGAGACUGAUAGUCUUUGCGCGCCGAAGUCUGCGGUUGAGGACCAGCUCUCCAGCAACGCGAGCACGUUCAAGGAGGCGUCCUGCGCGAGCGGGGCGGCGUCCCUGCCGCUCUCGGAGCUGCCCACGCCAGGAGCGGUGCUCGACGGCACCUUCGUGCUCGCCCCCUUCCGAGGCCAGCCCGGCACCGACCACGCCUGCCGCGGGAACACCGUCACGGACGCCCAGAGGCCGAACAACAACUACUACUGGACGUACACGGCCAACUCCCUCGAGCAGUGCGAGGCGUUCUGCAUGGCGAAGGACCAGUGCAAGGGCAUCGAGUACCAGGCCGAGAGGAGCUACUGCGAGGUCUGGUGGAAGCAGAUCAAGUGGACGCAGGCUGCGGCUGCCUGCCUGCCGCGGCCCCGCGCAGCCAGCCUCCCCCGAGCUGCGGAGGACCGCUCGCGAGGGCGCGCCCACCGCCCCGCGGUGCACCGCCGCGGGCCUGCCGGGCCGGUGCGCGACGGCGGCCGUCGAGCACCGCUGGAGCAGCGGCGAGGUGACGAUGCGUCAUCGUGGGGCGGCCUCUGCAAAGUUGAGAGGCGUAUUUGGGAUGCUCUUCGUUGAGCGGCCCCUUCGAAGCUGACGGGCGCGCCGGUUGGGAUGCUCUGCGUUGCGCGGCCCUUUCGAAGCUGACGGGCGCGCCGGGCUCCCGACCGCGCACCUCGACGCGCUGGCCUUUACUUUGGAGGGAACGGCAAGUUCCCCGCGGUGCGACUUCAAUUCGCGUUCGUUGAUUGUCACCCAACUUGGAGGCCCACCGAAGAACGUUUGUUCAGAGCGUUCUGUGGCUUGCGGAAGCCACUUUCGUCGGACAUCUUUGACUGAAGCAGCCCUGUUGCAAUGGACCGCUCACACGUCAUAGGAGCAUCGUCUUUGCCUUUGUAGCGCUCUCCUGUUCUGAGAGAGCAUGUUGUGCUGGGCCUGCAGGAUGGGACGGUCGGUCCCCCUUUCAGACCGCUCGCUGCCUCCCCUGUGUGCACCUCGCGGCGCAGCCCCCGGAGAGCAGCAUCGCCACGCGGUGCAGCGGCGCGCUUGUGCACGGCCUGCUCCCGGUCGGCACCGGCCCGGGCUGGCCGCACCGGCGCGCUCACCCUGCACGGUGUUCCACAUAUUGUUUUUUGUUAUUCCGAAGUCUGUU